GGACCAGAACCCAGAAUUAGGCUUGCGUACGUCAGUCAGCUUUGCAGCUUAAAAGUCCCGUUUCACCUUCUCCUGUGAACAGAAGCGAGCCCAACAACGUGCAACGCACUUUUUGCGCACGCAGUGCCAGCGCCCGCAAGCAGCCAAAUUUUAGGCAAUGGUUUGAAGAAGCAAUGCGCUAUCAACAUGUCUGCUGAAGCAAAAGAGGAGGCGACAUUAGAUUCAAUCACCAAACCACACCCGAACAAAGAAACCACGAAGGUAAAGCCGGCGCCCGAAGAUGCCACGCGUUCGUUCCAGGACACCGCGCAACAAUUCAGAGACCAAGCCUUACAGUUCUUAUCGACGGCCAGCAAUGAGACACUUGGAGCAUGUCUUGUUGGGCUGGGAGCCACCACAUAUCUAGUCCUAGGCCGAGUGGGACUCGUGCUGAUGGGAGUAGUCGGAGGCGUAGUUUUACACGCUACAUGGGACGGCAAUACCACUAGGCUAGGAUCACAGGCAGCUGAAGAAAAGAGGCGGCGGGAAAUUGGACUCGAUGUUAUCCACAGAGUACUCAGUUGGCGGGUAAGUGAGCCUCAAACAGCCGACGGCGAGGACGGAACCCGAGAGAGCGUGAACAGGGUCGACAUCGUCGGAAAGAAGCGAUUAGAUUUUUCGUCCUUUCGCCCGGAGACAGCAAAUGCUCUCAACGAACUUUCUGAAGCCUUCACUCGAGACUACAUAAGGUGGUGGUAUGAUCCGAUCAUACCCGACGAACAGUCCUUUCCAGAGGCCUCACAACAAAUGCUGAUCGCUUUUUUGGUGUCUCUCUCAAAUAAUUUGUCACGCAAGCGACCAGCCGACACCUUCCUCAACUUUCUCACAAACUCUUCUUCUAUCCUCAUUGUUUUCCUAAAUGAGCUGUCCGCAGCCAUUGCGGCAUCACCAGGUCUUACGAGCACCAAGGCAAUUCAAACGUAUUUAGACGCGAACCCAGGGAGCAACCUGGCCAAUGUCCUAGACACAAAGCACCAAGAAAGGAAGUUGGACUUGGUGGCACAAGACAUCCUCGAGUGCUAUCUAGACACAAAAGCCUUUAACUGCGAACCCGUCAGAGUGUUCAUGCGUCAAAUACUAGCAAAGGUCGUUAUGGAGAAGAUUAUUCAAAGCUGCUCUAAGCCGGAAUUUAUCAAUGGCUGGAUAGUUUAUCUCUUGGAAGACGGCGAGCCAGAUCUCCUAAAGGAUAUUGACGCCAGCCUGCAAGGUGUCGAAGAAAGCAAGCCAGAGGAGACGUUAGCUGUUGCUGAAAAGACUAUUUCCACAAUUAGUCCAUCUGAUUCAACCGAGAGCACAAAGCAUAAAAGAACAAUCAGCAAGGCUCAAGAAGCCAUGGACGAAGCUAUGCGGGAAGCACAGCGCCUUACGCAGCUAAUGAUCGAAGAUGAUGCUCGACGAGAAAAAGAACGACAAAAAGCAGAACGAGCCAACUCUUCGCCGGAAGCGAAACUCGAAGUUUCACGUGAUGCAGAAAUCCAUUCGACCCAUCUUUUCACAGACGAUGCUUCCGAGAGCACUACUCAAGGUAAUGCAACACCCACUUCCUCGCAAAGCGAUGCACCUGCUGAGUACGUGGAUACCGCAACGAAAUCCAACACAUUAGUUACGGAUGAGAGCUUCGAUUCUUCAACUGCCAACAAGAGAGAGUCGUUUACCAGUUUUGACCAACUUCCAUCGCAUCAGCAAGGUUCUUCGUUGUCAGAUGAGCUAGAGGAGAGAAAAUCCUUUGCUCCUCUAACCUUGCAUAAUGCCAACAUCUCAAUAUUUGAUGAUACAGACCCUUCGGACCGCGCGACACUUCGUCAAAAGCCGAUGACCGAUUAUCUCAUUCAGAUUGAACCAGCGUCUUCUCAAUACCCUGGAUGGAUGAUUGUUCGCAAAUACUCUGACUUUGAAACGCUGCACGAAGUCCUACGUCGAAUCGCUGCGAUUUCCGGAGCCUCUGUGUUCGUGCAGGCGCACACGACAUUACCAAACUUCAAGGCGCAUACCAAAGCAACAUUGAGGGAAGCUUUAGAACGGUAUCUGUCUGAUGCUAUGAGCUUCCCUUCUUUAGCUGAAAGCGAAGGUAUGAAGCGCUUCUUGGAGAAGGAAAGAGGCAUGGAUAAAUCACCAAACACAAGACCAGGCUUUGGCUGGCCUACUCCUGGCACAUUUGAAAAGGUUGGCAAAGGUAUGAUGGAUGUACUCACUCAAGCACCUAAGGACGUCGCAGGUGGAGGCAAGGCACUUAUCGGGGGUGUGACUGGCGUGUUGGGGGCGAAGAAGCGAAACGCUUCUGUUGCGAGUCUUCCUCUCAAGUCUGGGACUAGCAACCAACAGCUCCCUCCACGCAUGGAGAACGUAUCCCAGCAGGCAUUGCCAAGGCAGAGUACUGAGGGCACUCGCGGAGUCUCGCCCAUAGUUGACACUCAGCCGGCACCUCACCCUCAAAUGGAGCGCAAACCAAGCACCCCUGUCGAGUCCCCAGUGAAAUCAAGAUCAAAGCCAACCUCAAGGUCGAGUAGUAGACCUGCAUCAACAAGAGGUUCAACAGAUGCAAUGCCUGUCUUGGGAGGUGACCAGAUUCUCUCUUUGCCCCCACGGCCAUCAGAAAUCCAAGAGGAUUAUGAUGUAGUUGCCCAUGUGGAAAGUCCUGCAAUUAAACCCGAGCUGCCACCAAGAAAGUCAGCAUCCACAACGCGCGCCUCGACUGAGAUUACUUCAGAUCCUCCUGCUACUAAACGGUCAAUGCCAGCGAAGCCGCCACUUACUGAACAAGAAACACAAAUGGUUGUCGAGCUUGUGUUCGCUAUAAUCACAGAACUUUAUCAGCUCUCUUCUGCUUGGACGCUCCGUAAAACUCUGCUCACUGCAGCGAAAACAUUUUUGCUUCGUCCUGGCAAUCCUCAACUCGAGUCCAUUCGGCAACUUAUACAGACGACCAUUAUUGAUGCAAAUACUUCAGACGAAGGCGUCGCCGCCCAUAUUCGGAAAAUCCGAGAGAAUGCUUUACCUACUGAAGUCGAGCUCAAGGCAUGGCCGUCAGAGCCUUCCGAAGAGGAAAAGGAGAACUUGAAGAAAAAAGCCCGAAAACUGCUCGUUGAACGGGGAAUGCCGCAGGCUCUCACAAGCGUAAUGGGUCAGGCCGCUAGCGGUGAGGCCUUGGGCAAAGUAUUUGAUUGUCUGCAGAUGAGCAAUGUGGCACGAGGUCUAGUGUUUGGUCUUAUGUUGCAAGGAAUGAGGGUUGUAACGCAAUAAUAGACUUUCAUACGCCAAGGUCACGAGCGCUUCGGAAGAACGGAAUAAAUGUAUCAUACGUCAAUGUUUAAUGAGAAUGGUGGACAAUUUAAUAUUUCUCUAAUGCCAAUGCUUGUAUCUGUG